CGCACUUAUUCUGCCAUGCUCGCCACACUUCGGCUUCUCGCGGCGGCGACCGCGGCCUUCUCGCCAACGUACACGCCUCGCGCACGCCCGACGAUGAUGGCCGCCACGCUCACCGAGCAGCUCAUGGCGAAGCUGCCACCCAACGUGCAGACGGGUGGUGCGGGCGGCGCCACCACGUAUGACGCGCUGCUCCGGCUCGACGACGCCUGGAGCAGGCUGCGCGCCGGUGAGCUUCCGCCGGCCAAGCAGGUCGUCUUCGACGAGCCCACCGCAGCUGUGGAGACGGCAGAGUACGAUCUCGUCGUUGCUGGCGGCAACAUCGGCAUCCUGCUCGCCACCGCGCUUGUGCUGCGCGGGCUGCGGGUGGCGGUGCUCGAGGGCGGUGAUCUGCGCGGGCGCGAGCAGGACUGGAACGCGUCGCGCAAGGAGGUGAUGGAGCUCGUGGAGGCGGGCGUGCUCUCGCUCGAGGAGCUCGACGAGGUCAUCGGCAUCGAGUUCAACCCCGUGCGCUGCGGCUUCCAGGGCGGCGCCGACGUGUGGCUCAACGACGUGCUCAACGUGGGCGUCCGGCCAGAGGCGCUUGUCCGGUGCGCGCGCGCGCGCUUCGAGGCGGCCGGCGGAGUCGUGCUCGAGAGGACGCCCCUUUCGACGGUGCGCGUGCGGCCCGGCGCGGCGGUGCUCACCGCUGCCGACGGGCGCGAGGUGCGCGCGCGGCUCCUGAUCGACUGCAUGGGGCAGCGAUCGCCGAUCGUCGCGCAGGUGCGCGGCGGCGCGCCGCCCGACGGGGUGUGCGUGGUCGUCGGCUCGUGCGCAGACGGCUACCCAAAAGAGUUGAACACGUUUGGAGACGUCAUCUUCGCGGACACGCUCACCGAGCCCGCGGCGGGCGGCGCCGGCUGCCCAACACAGUACUUCUGGGAGGCGUUCCCGGCGAGCGCGAGCGCGACCCAGCGCACGACGUACCUCUUCACCUACAUGGGGCUCGAGCCGGAGAGGCCGUCGGUGAUGGACAUCAUGGAGGACUACUGGAGGCUGCUUCCACGCUACCAGGGCGUCGACCUCGACGACCUCACGCCGGAGCGAGUGCUGUUUGGGCUCUUCACCUCGUACAAGGACUCGCCGCUGCCCGUCCAGUUCGACCGCGUCAUGCAGAUCGGCGACGCGGGCGGGCUGCAGAGCCCGCUCUCUUUCGGCGGAUUUGGGGCUAUCACGAGGCACAUCGGACGGCUCUCUGACGCCGUGGAGAGCGCUCUCGCCGCCGACGCGCUCUCGUCGGCGGGCGAGACGGGAGCCGGGGUGCUUCGCGCCGACGGCGAGCAGAUGAGCCAGUCUUGCACCUCGACCGCGCCCGGAAUGCGCGGACCUCUCGAAGGCGGCCACACCGCCGUCACGUCGUACGCCUCUGGCCACACGCCCAGGAUGGACUGCAGCAUCUCGGGCGGGAAAGUGCGGCCCGUCGCGCGCUGCAGGUGCGCCGGGAGACGAGGCGGCGAUAUGGGACUCGAGCAACGCGCGACGGCAGGCGGGGCGCGGGCCGUCCGCGGGGUGCGCUCUGCAUCGCCGCUCGGCGUGGCGACAGGCGAGUCCGGCUGUGCGGGUAUCUGUGCGGGCAGCUUCGACUGCGUGAGGCCGUGUGCCAGCGACUGCAUGACCGGCGUCAACGAAGCUGACCUUGACGCCCUCAUGGCGGGUGCCGCAGACCGCCUCGGGGCGCACUGCGCCGGUUUGUCCGCCUCGCGCUCGCACCCACCCCCGCCCUGCGCCACGUGUGACAGCUCUGCGGAGCCGCUUCUGGCCUCGGCGCGCUCCUCGAUCGUGACGAGGCCCAUCUGCGUCGCUGAUUGCGGCAGUUGA